AUGAUUAUAUGCAUAUUUGUACAAUUUCUAUUCACUCUUUUUAUUAAUUCUGAUUCGGAAUCAGUAACUACAACGACGGAUUACAUGUCAGCAACGACCUCUACUGAAACUCCAACAUCAACAACGACCUCUACCGAAACUCCAACGUCAACAACGACCUCUACCGGAACUCCAACGUUAACAACGACAUCUACCACAACUCCAACAUCAACAACGACCUCUACCACAAACCCAACGUCAACAACGACCUCUACUGAAACUCCAACAUCAACAACGACCUCUACCGGAACUCCAACGUUAACAACGACAUCUACCACAACUCCAACAUCAACAACGACCUCUACCACAAACCCAACGUCAACAACGACCUCUACUGAAACUCCAACAUCAACAACGACCUCUACCGGAACUCCAACGUUAACAACGACAUCUACCACAACUCCAACAUCAACAACGACCUCUACCGGAACUCCAACGUCAACAACGACCUCUACUGAAACUCCAACAUCAACAACGACCUCUACCGAAACACCAACAUCAACAACGUUACCGGAACUCCAACAUCAACAUCUACCAACUCCAACGUUAACAACGACAUCUACCACAACUCCAACAUCAACAACGACCUCUACCACAACUUCAAAGCCACCAACGACCUCUACCACAACUCAAACGUUAACAACGACCUCUACCACAAACCCAACGUCAACAACGACCUCUACCGAAACACCAACGUCAACAACGACCUCUACCGGAACUCCAACGUCAACAACGACCUCUACUGAAACUCCAACAUCAACAACGACCUCUACCGGAACUCCAACGUUAACAACGACAUCUACCACAACUCCAACAUCAACAACGACAUCUACCACAACUCCAACAUCAACAACGACCUCUACCGAAACUCCAACGUCAACAACGACCUCUACUGAAACUCCAACAUCAACAACGACCUCUACCGAAACACCAACAUCAACAACGACCUCUACCGGAACUCCAACGUUAACAACGACAUCUACCACAACUCCAACAUCAACAACGACCUCUACCGGAACUCCAACAUCAACAACGACCUCUACCGGAACUCCAACGUUAACAACGACAUCUACCACAACUCCAACAUCAACAACGACCUCUACCACAACUCAAACGUCAACAACGACCUCUACCACAAACCCAACGUCAACAACGACCUCUACCGAAAUUCCAACAUCAACAACGACCUCUACUGAAACUCCAACAUCAACAACGACCUCUACCGGAACUCCAACAUCAAGAACGACCUCUACCACAACUCAAACGUCAACAACGACCUCUACCACAAACCCAACGUCAACAACGACCUCUACCGAAACACCAACGUCAACAACGACCUCUACCGAAAUUCCAACAUCAACAACGACCUCUACCGGAACUCCAACAUCAACAACGACCUCUACCGAAACUCCAACAUCAACAACGACCUCUACCGAAAUUCCAACAUCAACAACGACCUCUACCGGAACUCCAACGUCAACAACGACCUCUACCGAAACUCCAACGUCAACAAUGACCUCUACCGGAACUCCAACAUCAGCAACGACCUCUACCACAAACCCAACGUCAACAACGACCUCUACCACAACUUCAAAGCCACCAACAACCUCUACCACAACUUCAAAGCCACCAACGACCUCUACGACCGCUAAUUCAGUCUCAGGCGUUGGUUCCGGGUCAAUUGCUUAUCCACUUGGUUUUAUUUGA